AUGCCUCGAGAAUCGCCUGUUAAAUCAUCCAGCGACCCAACCCGCAAAUCCUCGAUGUGCGCAGAUUCUGUGACCCAAGCAGGUCACAAAAGGAAUCUCAGCAAUGGAACAUCUGGUGAUUCUCCUGUGAGAAGAUCCAAGCGCCAGAAAUCCAGCGCCAACCUGAAAGAACCUUCGUCUCCAGAGACAUCGGAAACCGAGACCGAACAGGUUAUUAUCGCGCCUAAAAAGGAGGCAGGCAGUGCGACAGCACUGGUUGACACUCCGAAGAAAAGGGGAUCUGCCAAGAAAGCGAACACUGCCCCAAUUAUCAAGAGUGAAACCACCGAGGACACGAAGACCGUGUCCAAUAUCGCGGGUGGCAAGCCAGAAAGUGUGGCAAAGACAGAAGAGGCAGAUACCGACAUUAAGAAAGAAGCCAAAGCCACCCCCAACAAGCCCCAAAAGAAGGGGAAGAAAGCAACCAAAGAAAAAGACACCGAGACAAUGCCGUUGGCACCACGGUCGCAAGGCCUCCGCAUGUUCGUCGGUGCUCAUGUCAGUGCUGCAAAAGGUGUUUUCAACUCAAUCCAUAAUAGCGUGCAGAUUGGUGGCAACGCAUUGGCUCUGUUCCUGAAGUCGCAGCGAAAAUGGGACAACCCGGCUCUCUUGGACGAUCAUCGAGAUCAGUUCCGACAACUCUGUGCAGAGCAUAAAUACGAUGCAGCCAAGCACAUUCUCCCGCAUGGAUCUUACCUGGUCAACCUGGCACAAAAUGAUAAGGCCAAGGCCAAACAGGCCUACGACUCCUUCCUGGAUGAUCUCCGGCGCUGCGAGGCUCUAGGGAUCACACUAUACAAUUUCCACCCUGGGAGUAGCAACCAAACCCCUCUUCCCGACGCCCUCUCCCGACUCGCAAGCACCCUGAGCCAAGCAAUCUCCGACACAACAACCGUCGUCCCCGUCCUGGAGACAAUGUGCGGCCACGGCAGCACAAUCGGCGGCUCACUAACAGAAUUCCGCGAUCUGCUAGCCCUAAUCCCGAAAGAGCACCACUCCCGGAUCGGCAUCUGCAUCGACACCUGCCACAGUUUUGCAGCGGGAUACGACCUGGCCUCACCAGCGGGAUUCAAGUCCUUCCUCACCGAGUUCGACGAGCUAAUCGGUCUGCACCACCUGCGCGCCCUGCACCUCAACGACUCCAAGGCCCCGCGCGCUAGCAAACGCGACCUGCACGCCAACAUCGGCACGGGGUUCCUGGGCCUGCGCGCGUUCCAUAACGUGAUGAACGAGUCGCGCUUCGAGGGGCUGCCCAUGAUUCUAGAAACGCCUAUCGAUCGGCCGCAUGGCCAGCCUGCUUCGGCUGCGGAUGAUGGUGCGGACGGUGAGGAUGGCAGCGAGAGUGAUUCUGCGAAGACGAAGAAGAAAAAGCCUGCUAAAAAGACUCCUAAACGUCCUGCGGGUGCGACCCCACCGACUGUCGCUGACCCCGGCGUCUGGGCGCGCGAGAUCAAGUUGCUGGAAUCGCUUAUUGGCAUGGAUCCGGAUGGUGAGGAAUUCCGAGCUCUUGAAGCACGCUUGGCGGAGGAAGGACGGGAGGUACGCGAGAAGCACCAGGAUCAGUUUGAGCGGAAGCUCGAGGCAGAGGAAAAGAAGAAGGCAAAGGCAUCUGGAAAAGCACAAAAGAGUUUGAUGGAUAUGAUGAAGAAGGGGGCUACGGAGGAUGAGAAAAAGACGUGA